AUGGGUGUGGGUAGGGAUAUGAAGAGGUUUGAUGGAUACCUAAAAUUGAUGGGGUUUGUGGUAAUGUUUCGUGGUCAGGUUGAAUUUGAGGAUGAGAAUAAGGAUGAGAAUGUGGUUGGGGUUGAGUAUGAGUAUGAGUAUGGGAAUGAGGAUGAGGGUGAGGAUACGAUUGUGUUGCAAGAUGAGGAUGUGAUUGUGAUUGGGGAUGAAAAGGUUGAUGAGAAUGUGAUUGGUUCGGAUAAGUGGUUUGGUUCUGUGGGGGUCAUUGCCACUUGGCUGAACGAUGGGGCGAGAACCGUUAUCCCUCGCCUUACCAUUAUGGCGAGAAUCAUCAUGCCUUGGUUGGCCAAUGGGGCGAGAUUCAUUAUCCCUUGA